GGAGAAGAAGAUCGAGGGUAGGGCGUCCCAAAAGGACUCCGGGGAGAAUAUCGAGUUUAUGAAGAGGCAAGAACAGAAGAGAAGCGAUCUCGAUGAACAACUUAAGGAAUACAUUGCGGAAUGGAGAAAGCAGAGAGCCAAGGAAGAAGAGGAACUCAAACGUCUCAAGGAGAAACAAGCUAAGCGCAAGAUCACCCGCGCCGACGAAGAAAAGAGAUUGGCUCAGAAGAAGAAGGAAGAGGAGGAACGUCGUCAACGUGAAAUUGAGGAAAAGAAACAACGUGACAUUGAGGAAAAGAGACGACGCCUCGAGGAAUCCGAAAAGAAACGUCAGGCUAUGAUGCAAGCGAUGAAGGACCAAGCAAACAAGAAAGGACCUAACUUUACCAUUACGAAGAAGGACCUCGGGGGUAAUCUCUCAUCGGCCCAAUUGGAACGUAACAAGACGAAGGAACAACUCGAGGAAGAGAAAAAGAUAUCAUUGAGUAUUCGCAUUAAACCAUUAGAGAUUGAGGGACUAUCGAUUGAUAAACUCCGUUUCAAGGCCACCGAACUUUGGGAUACUAUCGUUAAAUUAGAAACUGAAAAGUACGAUCUCGAGGAGAGACAAAAACGUCAAGAUUACGAUCUUAAAGAGCUGAAGGAACGUCAGAAACAACAAUUGAGGCACAAGGCUUUGAAGAAAGGUUUAGAUCCUGAAGCCCUUACUGGCAAGUAUCCUCCGAAGAUUCAAGUUGCAUCGAAGUAUGAACGUCGCGUCGAUACCAGGUCUUACGACGACAAGAAGAAACUUUUCGAGGGUGGUCUGACCGAACAGCAAAAGGAGAUCAUAGAAAAGCAAUGGACCCAACAGAAGGAACAAUUCCUUGGUCGUCAAAAGACGAAGUUACCGAAAUGGUUCGGCGAGAGGCCCGGCAAGAAAGCUGGCGAUCCAGAAUCACCGGAGGGCGAAGAGGACGUGAAGGCCGCGGCCGAUGACGAUCUCGAGGAGCCACAAUUCGACGAAGAAGAGGAGGAAGAGGAAGAGGAGGAGGGUGAGGAUAAGGAGGAGGAGGAGGAAGAGGAAGAAGAGGAAGAGGAGGAAGAGGAGGAGGAAGAAGAGGAGGAGGAAGAGGAAGAAGAAUAAAAAGCCGAUUCGGAGCUAUUAUUAUUAUUAUUAUUAUUAUUAUUAUUAUUAUUAUUAUUAUUAUUAUUAUUAUUAUUAUUAUUAUUAUUACUACUACUAUUAUUAUUAUUACUAUUAAUAUUAUUACUAUU